UCAGAAACAUAGUAAAUGAGCCUCAGCUGCCCAGCAUGGGUUCCAUCACCAGAGACGAAGAUGCGCCGACAGCCUCCUCACAUCCGCUCAAGAUCUUUGAUGCCGCGAGGAGACAGGACCGGUUUCUGUAUGCCUGUGCGCCUAUGGUGCGCUACAGCAAGCUUGCAUUUCGCCAGACGGUUCACAAGUAUGGCGUCGACCUGUGUUGGACUCCCAUGAUUCUGGCAAAGGAGUUUAACAGGAAUCAGUUCGCCAGAGACAGCGAUUUCACAAUAUCCACUUCUGGCGUCCAACCUCCCACAAUUGUCCAGUUCGGCGCCAACGUACCCCUGGAACUCGCCCGCGCCUCAACCCUCGUUGCGCCGUUUGCGUCGGGCGUGGAUCUUAAUUGCGGAUGCCCUCAGUCGUGGGCUUGUGCGGAGACGCUUGGCGCUGCGCUGAUGAAUAAGAGAGAGUUGGUGCGCGACAUGGUCAUUGAGACGAGGCAGCAUCUGGAGAGGGACGGAUGGGGUGUGAGGAUGGAGCAGGACAUGGAGAAUCCCAAGGGUCGCAGUAACCGCCUCGUCGACUGGGUCACCAUCCAUCCUCGAACCCGCCACACUCCCUCCACCACCCCCAUCCGCACCGAGGCCCUUGAAAUUCUCACCGAAAAGUACUCACGCACGCUUCCCAUCCUGCUCUCCGGCGAUGUCUUUGACCUCGCCACCCUCCCCAUCAGAUCCACCUCCCCCCCUGAUCUCGCAACUCUCACCAUCAAAGAAGACCCCCCAAGCAACACCGCCACACAGCAGCAGCCUAGGCCCAGCACCACAAACCUCUCGGGCUUCAUGUCCGCCCGCGGCCUCCUCGCCAAUCCCGCGCUCUUCGCCGGCCACUCGGCGUGUCCCUGGGAGACGCUCGAGACGUUCAUGUGCAACGUGGCGAGGUGUCCGCUGCCCCUGAAGCUGGUUGUACAUCACGUACAGGAGAUGUGUGCGCCGGGGAUGGGUGACGACAAGUCCUCGCUGCUGAAUAAGAAGGAGAGGGCGAAGCUGGUGGAUUUCACGAAUAUGGCGGAUUUGAUUGACUUUUUGGAUGAAAAGAUUGAGGAGCAUACGGGACAGAAGGGGAUGAGACGAGACUUGUAAACAACAAAGUAAAACAAGGAACUUCAGGGCGAAAAAGAGGAAGAAGAAAAAUAGAUAUAUCAAGCAAAGGGUGACAAUCCUGUCUGAAGUUGACACGGCUCUUCAUCUUGGGCUUGUAUGCGGCUGGUUCAGGCGUUGCUUUUGAGCACUCAUAUACACCGACUUGACAUUUGCAAUGAAGCUUGGUUUAAAGCUUGGUUUGGCACAUGGUAUGAAAGGUCAUAUAGAAUAAGAAAUAACAAUAUAAAACCAUUCACCCG